AUGUCUUCUCUCUCUGCCGACUCUUCCUCCUACGGCAAUCCGCGCGGGGGCUCGGGCAAGACGCCCCCGCCAGCGCCGUCGGCCGCGUUUGCGAAGCGCGCGCGUGAGAUGCAGGACGAGCCUCUGAUGGCGCGGUAUCGCCCUCCCGCGCUCCGUGCGCUCGCCCAACCGAACGACCGCGAUGGUCCGACGAGCGCGACGCCGACCGACGCUCACAUCGGCUCGCAGCUGCCGCCGGCAAACUACCCCGCCGGCUUCCGUCGUGCGCGUGCCGGCACGCUCCCGUCCAACGUCCAGCUCGCAGCCCAGCAGUACGCCGCGGCCAGCACGCCCACCUCCCAGAUGCCCAGCACAGAGUCGUUCGCCGACCAGCUUCAGUUGCGCGAGGCCGCUCAAGCGCCGAUGCGGCCCAGUCUCCGUCAUUCGACUUCUGUGGCCAGCUCUGUGGCAUCUUCGGCUUUGACCGAGCGUAACUCUCGGCUUAGAUCUGGCAGUCUCACCAUGCCUUCUUCUAAUGGCGGACUGUCGACUGCGUUCGGCCCUAGCCUUUUCAGCUCCAACUGGGCGCCCUCGCAGGCCGGUCAGUCUGGCUACCCUCCUAUGCUCGAGGAUGCGAACGAGGACUUUGAUGUCCAUACGCUUGAUUAUCUCGGUCUCGAUGACCGUCACACCGGCAUGCAUCGCACAGUCUCGCGUCCCCCGCCCCCGGCUGCUACACUCUCCGAGCUUCGUACUCAGGCCCAGGCGGCCAUCGCCAGUAAUCUCGGCGCGAACCCGUCCCGCAUGCGGGCCACGACCGUCUCUCACCCCAACCCAUAUCGCGCUCGUCCCGUCUUGCGCACCCCGCAGGCGGAGGAGGACGAAGAGCUUUACGAUAACUACGGCGAUGACGGAUAUGCUGGAACGCCUCAGCAGCAGCAACCUCAACGCGGUGCCGAUUACUUCGGAUAUGGCAUGUCCGGCGCCAGCGGCCCUUACAAGUCUUCGGAGCACCUCGGUGCUUCGCUCGCUGCCGCGUCGCGCCCGCGUGCUAUCUCGGUCGGCACCCUUGACGAACCCGUCCGCCUCUCGCGCCGCGCGACCGUCUCCUCGGUAGAGCAGCCCGUGUACGAGCUCGCCCAGGUCUACGGCGGCGCGCCUCAGCAGGCGCCUCCUCCCCCGCAGCUCGCGCCCCAGCCACGUCUGAACGUUAAUGCCAACAUAGGCCUUGAUACGCAGAUGCACCAGCAGCAGCAGCGCCAGCAACAGCAGCAAGUCCGCUUCCCGCCCAACGGUCCUCAGACGCCCACGGGACUUGCCGGCCCGCAGUACCACCUCGCGGCUCCGAACCAAGGCCCGCUCUCUGGCGGCCGUAUCUCGCCCAAGGCUGAGGCGAGCGCCGGACAGGGGGCGCAGAUCCAGACGCCCACUCGCUCGCUUUGGAUCGGCAAUCUCGAUUCGUCGGUGACGUCCGAGCAGCUUAUUCAUGUGUUCGCCCCCUACGGCGCCAUCGAGAGCUUGCGCCUCCUUCCCGAAAAGGAAUGCGGCUUCGUCAACUUCGUGGAUCAGGCCGAUGCUAUUCGCGCUAAGGAGGACGUGCUGAACCGUCUGGGCGGCAACAUCGGCAUGCCCAACGGUCAGACCGUUCGCAUCGGCUUCGGUAAGGCAGACUCCGCUCCUGCCGCACCCGGCAAGAAUGGCAGCGGCGCCGCGAGCAAGACUACGCCCACUCCCGGUCAGGGCGGUCUCAGCGGUAUCGAGGCGCAGCUCCAGAGCACUCCUACUCGCGCCCUGUGGAUCGGCAGCAUUCCUAGCACUACCACACCCGCGACCAUUCUCAGCGUGUUCAGCCCGUAUGGUCCGAUUGAGAGCGCUCGUGUCCUCACGCACAAGAACUGCGGCUUCAUCAACUUCGAGCGCCUCGACGAUGCCGUCCGGGCGCGCAAGGCGCUCAACGGACGCGAUGUGCUUGGUUCGGAUGUCGGCGCUAUCCGCAUCGGGUUCGCGAAGGUCCCUGUGAAGGGUGGAUCCGACGAGCGCGAUGGAGCCGACGCGCCUCCCAGCCUCAAUGUGCAAGGCGUCGGUGACCUGUCCGUCGGCGCGACCAUCCAUGCGCUGCGCUCUGUCAAGGGUGCGACGGCUGUACCGGUCGACCAGCAGGUCCUCGGCGGAGGCGUCGAGAACUACCGUUCCAACCUCCUGCUCAGCAUGAUCGGCAACGGUGCACACAAUGCCGCUUACGUGAGCGAUGGCACCCCCAAGCCCGCUGGCUGGACGCCGAGCGUCACCGAGCAGCAGAUGAUCAUGAAGGAGCUGUCCGCUGGUGCGCCCGAGCAUGAGGCUGAGGCGGACAUCGCGGCGCUCGCGGAGUUCCGGCCCCCGACAAUGUACUACACUACGAUCCCGCUCGUUGCGGAUCGUCCGCAUUCGAGGAGGUGGGACGCCGCGAAGCUCAGGGAGCUGAGGAAGAGGAUGGAUGCAGGGCUUGUCACAGACGAGGAGAUUGAGACGAUCGCUGCUGACUUCAUUGAUGGCGAGAUUGUCGAGCUCGCUUCGGACUGGUUGGGCAACACGGUCGUCCAGAAGCUGUUCGAGCGCUGCACCCUCCAGGCCCGCGUGGCCAUGCUCGAGCGCAUCGCACCUCACCUCGCCAUGAUUGGCAUCCACAAGAACGGUACCUGGGCCGCGCAGAAGAUCAUCGAAUGCGUGCAGACGCCCGACGAGGUUGCGUUGAUCGCAGCGAACCUCCGUCCUUACGCGCCGCCGUUGCUGCUCGACCAGUUCGGCAACUACGUCGUGCAAUGCUGCCUGCGCUUCGGCCAGCCCGCGAACGACUUCAUCUUCGACGCCAUGGUUGACCGUCUGUGGGAGAUCGCUCAGGGUCGCUUCGGUGCUAGGAGCAUGCGCGCUUGUUUGGAGAGCCCGAACAUCACGACUAGCCAACAACGCCGUGUCGCGGCCGCCAUCAUCCUCAACUCGAUCCCGCUCGCAACGAACCCGAACGGCGCGCUUCUUUUGACGUGGCUCCUCGACACCUCGGGCUUCCCUGCUCGCUAUGCUCUCCUCGCCCCUCGCUUCACGCCGCACCUCAGCCACUUGUGCACGCACAAGCUUGCAUCGCUCACCGUGCUUCGUAUUGUCAACCAGAAGACCGAGCCCGCUGCGUCUGCCCAGAUCGUCGACGCGCUCUUCAUGAGCCCUCAGGACCACGUUCUUACCGAUGUCCUUGGUGACCAGGUCAACGGCGUUACGGUCGUCCACAAGGUUCUCACCUCGGCAUUCCUCAACCCUGUGCGCCGCCCUGCAUACAUCGAAGCGACCAAGCGUGUGCUUGUCGAGCUCAAGGUCAUCGCUACGCAGGCGUACCGCCGGCUCAUCGAGGAGGUCGGCUUGCCCGUGCCGAACUUCGCUCCUGGCUACGGUGGCUCGGGCAGUGGUGCUACCACGCCCGGUGGCAAGCCCGUGGGCAAGUUCGGGCCGCAGGGUCAGUUGCAAGGCUCGUUACCGCAGGGCUACUCCCAGGCCGACCAGACGCUUGCGAGCUUCAUGGCCUCGCUCCAAAUGGGCGGACAGAACGCCGCGUCUGGCCCGCCUUCGCUCUCCAUCGACCCGCAACAGGCUCGUCAGCGCGCUCCUGGUCCCGGCCCCACCAGCGCGUUCUCGCCUGGUAGCGACCCGUACAACCCUUAUGCUGCUGCGAACAUGCGGUCGCCUGAGAUCGCGAACAGCCCGAGCCCGCGGGGCCAGCAGCAGCGUCGUGGUCCACCUCAGCAACAGCAGCAGCAGAUGUACGGGAUGCAGAGCCCGCAGUACGGUGGUCCUCCGCCGCCCGAGAUGUAUGGCCAGCCGCAGUACAUGUACGGGCAGUACGGCACGCCGCCUCCGCCCAACAUGAGCGCGUACCACGCGUAG